UUGCCAGCCCUCCUCGGCUGAGUGGUGUCUUUCUCUCCCACAGGUGCAACCAUGGCCAAGUCCAAGAACCACACCACGCACAACCAGUCCCGUAAGUGGCACAGAAAUGGCAUCAAGAAACCCAGAUCUCACAGAUACGAGUCUCUCAAAGGGGUUGAUCCCAAGUUUCUGAGGAACAUGAGGUUUGCAAAGAAACACAACAAAAAGGGUCUGAAGAAGAUGCAGGCCAACAAUGCCAAGCAGGCUGCUCAGCAGAAAAAGGACUGACGUGGUUUAGGACCAAGGAACCAGUUUUCCUAUUGGCAUGUGUGUUACAGCAUUUUUGUAAAAAUAAAAUGGGAUGUAACAAAGUCUUCAUCUCUUGAAUUUGAGGGAACCCUCCAAAAGUCUUGCUUGAGUUGUAUUUUGGGUGCCAGCCAUGCAU